AUGAGCAACCAAGACAAUACGGUAGUGGUCGGUCAUGAGCCUUCUUCAUCGUCAUCAUCAUUGGCUCAGCACGUUAUUGGAGAUCAUCAUCAUGAAGCAAGUAGCAGUAACCCUAUUCAUACUCCUCCUCCUCCAUCGGCCACUACAGUAAAUAUUCCAAUAAGCUCCCUUCGGAAACGAAAAAGUCAAACUUCUCAAUUCUCGCCGAGUUUCCUCAUUGAACACAAUGAUGAUGAGGGAAUGAAUUAUGAAGUUGCAGAGAGUGGAGCCGCCGACCAUCAUUCCACCGUCCUUGUUGAGCCUGCAACGAACCCGAUUGAUUCUCAUAAAAACGUUGGAAACCACUUGUUUGGAUUUAAACCUUGGAAAGGCAUGUUAGGAGAACGAAGAUUAGAAGAACGGAGUGAGCAGGUCAAACAAUUAUACAUGUGGAACUCGAAGAGUAAUUUACAUCAAGUUCAAAAGAGUCGUUUUUUAAGCGUCGGAAAUGUGUUGUACGGCUUGUUGAUUGGUUGGUGGAUGUUUUUAAUUUACAUGUUGGUUGGAGUGUUGAGUUGUGUGUUGAUUGUUACCAUACCGUAUGGAAAGAAGUGUUUCAGUUUUGCGUUUUAUUACUUGUAUCCGUUUGGAAAAUAUAUUGAGGUGAUGAAAAAUUAUAGAAAGAUUUAUCAUACGGAUCAUUCGUAUCCAAUUCCAGAGGAAGAGGGAGAACAACAAUCGAUGGUGCAGGUCUCUGUGGAUGUGGAAAAUUCAACAACAGACAUUACUAAUAAGGAUGCUAAUAAUUAUUAUUCAACGUUCGAACAAAAUGGACAAGAUGAGUCAAUUCAACAACAUUUACUGACGAGCCAGUCUCAACCAAGUACUACCACUGCUACGAACACUACCAAAUCAAGGAAAAAGAAGAGGGAUGUCACAUGCUUGGGAGUUUUGUCAUUUAGUAUUUGGAUUAUUUUCCUCGCUCCUAUUUUAACUGUUUUUCACGCCAUUUGCAUGGUAAUGACAUGGUUUUCUAUUGUUGGAAUUCCGUCAAGCAAAAUUCACAUGGAGGCUAUCAAAAUUCUAUUUAGAAACAUUUUAGUGUUAAAUGUCAAUGAUGAGUAUCCUCCUCAUGUGUCUUCAGAGAUUAUAUUGUGCACUUUCCAAGCAUCUAAUAUUUAUUACUACAAACAUAGCGUUUUUGGACUUAAUGUAAUAUUGUUUAACAUGCUGCCGUUCUCGGCAGUCUCAAUCAUUCUUGGAUUUGCUUUUGGUGAGGAAUUUGUGAAACACUACUCGUUGGUUAUUUUCCCAUUUUGUUUAAUUUCAACGGUUCCCUUGGCUUAUUUGAUUGGAAAAGCAGUGGCUGCAAUUUCGGCCCAAACAAACUUUUUGAUAGGAGCAGUGCUGAAUGCAUUUUGUGGAAGUAUUAUUGAAUUGAUUUUGUACAUUUUAGCACUUUGGAAGGAUAUGCACGAUGUGGUAGUGACAGCUGUCACAGGUGCUUUAUUAGCUGCAACGCUGUUGGUUCCCGGUCUGGCCAUGGUAAUUGGAGGUAUUAAAUUCAAACAACAGUUUUUUAACAGACAAGCAGCCAGCGUCUCCAGUGCUUUGCUUCUCAUCAGUGUCGUGGCAUCACUUCUCCCUUCAUUAUUCUACCAAAUGUUUAGUACUCACUAUGAGCUCAAAUGUGGAGCUUGUGUGAACGCUGCAGUGAAUCAAACUCAACUAUUGGCUACCUCCAAGCUUCCAAUAGUCACUAGUGUGAAUGGUACUCCAAUUUCGAAUGGCACUUAUGGACUCGUUUGUGAAGGUUGUAGCUACGUUGAAAAGGAUCCCAUGCAGGACGCUGUCUACACCGGUAGGGCCCUUCCUCUUGCAUAUGCCGUUGCGGGCAUUCUUCCUGUGGCCUAUCUCAUUGGAUUAAUAUUUUCACUCAAAACUCACAGAUUUUUGAUUGAAAGACCACCCGUCCCAGAGAACAAGGAAGAUCUUGUUCAUCAUGAAGAAGAAAAUGAAAUUGGUGCAGUAUGGCCUAUAUGGUUUUGUGUGGUGGUUCUUGUGGUGAGCACAAUCAUUUAUUCACUGGUUGCAGAGGUGAUGACCUCGAGUUUAGAACCUGCUUUUGAUUUUCUUCAUAUCAAUCCAAUGUUUGCAGGUCUUACGUUCUUGAGCAUUGUACCAAGUUGUGCUGAAUUUGUGAAUGCUAUUCAAUUUGCCUUACAAAACAACAUUUCUCUCGCUUUGGAAAUUGGUAACACUGCGUCGAUUCAAAUUGCUCUCAUUCAAAUGCCUGUACUUGUGGUAGUGAGUGCCAUUCUAUUUGGUAGCAAUGAGUCACGUGUGUUUAACUUGAUGUUUCCUCAGCUCAAUCUAGUUGCAAUUUUCUUUUCCAUUUUGGUUUUGAAUUAUGUUUGUUUGGACGGAAAGACUAAUUACUUUCAAGGAUCUGCAUUGGUUAUUGUUUACAUUUUGUUGGUUGUCACUUUUUUCUUUGCAUAUUUCUAA